UUACCAUGUGUCACCAUGGACUUGAUUGUAUCUAUCAAUCAUGUGUCAUUACCAUGUGUCACCAUGGACUUGAUUGUAUCUAUCAAUCAUGUGUCAUUACCAUGUGUCACCAUGGACUUGAUUGUAUCUAUCAAUCAUGUGUCAUUACCAUGUGUCACCAUGGACUUGAUUGUAUCUAUCAAUCAUGUGUCAUUACCAUGUGUCACCAUGGACUUGAUUGUAUUUAUCAAUCAUGUGUCAUUACCAUGUGUCACCAUGGACUUGAUUGUAUCUAUCAAUCAUGUGUCAUUACCAUGUGUCACCAUGGACUUGAUUGUAUCUAUCAAUCAUGUGUCAUUACCAUGUGUCACCAUGGACUUGAUUGUAUCUAUCAAUCAUGUGUCAUUACCAUGUGUCACCAUGGACUUGAUUGUAUCUAUCAAUCAUGUGUCAUUACCAUGUGUCACCAUGGACUUGAUUGUAUCUAUCAAUCAUGUGUCAUUACCAUGUGUCACCAUGGACUUGAUUGUAUCUAUCAAUCAUGUGUCAUUACCAUGUGUCACCAUGGACUUGAUUGUAUUUAUCAAUCAUGUGUCAUUACCAUGUGUCACCAUGGACUUGAUUGUAUCUAUCAAUCAUGUGUCAUUACCAUGUGUCACCAUGGACUUGAUUGUAUUUAUCAAUCAUGUGUCAUUACCAUGUGUCACCAUGGACUUGAUUGUAUCUAUCAAUCAUGUGUCAUUACCAUGUGUCACCAUGGACUUGAUUGUAUUUAUCAAUCAUGUGUCAUUACCAUGUGUCACCAUGGACUUGAUUGUAUCUAUCAAUCAUGUGUCAUUACCAUGUGUCACCAUGGACUUGAUUGUAUUUAUCAAUCAUGUGUCAUUACCAUGUGUCACCAUGGACUUGAUUGUAUUUAUCAAUCAUGUGUCAUUACCAUGCGUCACCAUGGACUUGAUUGUAUCUAUCAAUCAUGUGUCAUUACCAUGCGUCACCAUGGACUUGAUUGUAUUUAUCAAUCAUGUGUCAUUACCAUGCGUCACCAUGGACUUCUUCACAGAGUCUGUAUCAUUUAUCAUGCGAAUUUAGGAGAGAAUGAAAACUUUGGACUGGGGUACAAGAUCUCUCGUCAAAAAUAUGUAUAAUAUUAGUAUAAUGCAGUGAAUGUGGCCGUGGUGUAUUAGUGACACUCUUAUGUAAGGCAUUACAUGGUUUAAGAUGUCAUUGUUGAAAAUGGAUAUGGUCAUAGAUUUUUGUUAUGGUUCAGGUUUUUGCUAAAUUAUUAUUUGUGAUAAUCAUUACAUUUCAUGUCAGAUCUAUGAAACAUGUCCUAAAGUUUUCAUUUGAUCAAAGCUUAGCCUCCCUAAAAUUGAUAAGAUCUGGGUUUUUUCCUAAAAAUAAAAUAGAAAUUUGAUAAUCUUAUGUUAGGAUUUAUUUCCUGAGGAGGUUCACAUGUUAAAUCAUACAAACCCUUGUGGUCAUCAUUGCAAUAAACGUGUCUGUGUUCAGUGUGAAGACUGUUAAAAACCUGACAACGCAACUGAUCACCUGUUCUGGAGCCUGCUGUAGAAUCAAGUUGUCAAAGGGUAUAACUGUUAUGUUGUUGCAUUUGAAUAAAAAAUACUGUACAAUA